GUGCCCACGCGCAGUCACGUUCACUCAAGUGGCUGCGGAAUAACACACCCGGGGGAAGCGGGACAGAGGUGCAUCACAUCGCGGGCUCGGAGCGGCAAGGUUGAGCGAAGCUUGCAAGGGGGGAAGCCUUGAGAAUGGGCAGCUCCCGGGCACUGGCGCGGGUGGUGAACCUGUGCAUUUCGGUGAAACUUCUCAUCCUGCUGAGUGAAGCCAGCUCGGCUGAAGGCAGCCUCAACAUGUGGAUAGAUGCUCACCAAGCCAGAGUUCUCAUAGGUUUUGAAGAAGAUAUUCUUAUCGUUUCCGACGGUAAAAUGGCUCCGUUCACUCACGAUUUCAGGAAAGCACAACAGAGAAUGCCAGCGAUUCCAGUCAACAUCCAGGCCAUCAAUUUCACCUGGCAGGCUACGGGACAGGCUGUGUAUUUUUAUGAAUUCCAAUCUCUUCGGUCUUUGGAUAAAGAUGUGAUGGGAGAUCCAACAGUGAACAUUCCAUUGCGUUCAACCAUCGCACACAAGGCCACAGUUGUGCAGAUUGGAUUCCCUUGUCUCGGUGGCCAGGAUGGAGUAGCAGCUUUUGAGGUCACUGUGGUCGUUAUGAAUGCUGAAGGGAAUGUUGUGCUUAGAACCCCUCACAAUGCAAUAUUCUUCAAAACUUGCCAAAGAGCCAAAUGCCCAGGGGGAUGUCGCAAUGGAGGUUACUGUACAGAGAGACAGGUUUGUGAGUGCCCUGAUGGAUUCUAUGGACCUCAUUGUGAAAAAGCUCUGUGCAUCCCCAGAUGUCUGAAUGGAGGACUGUGUGUCAGUCCAGGAUUGUGCAUCUGUCCCCCUGGAUACUUUGGUAUUAACUGUGAUAAAGCGAACUGUACCACAACCUGUUACAAUGGUGGAACCUGCUUCCAUCCUAACAAAUGCAUUUGCCCUCCAGGAUAUGAAGGGGAUCUGUGUGAGAACAGUAAAUGUCGGCAGCCCUGCAGAAAUGGAGGGAAAUGCACCGGGAGAAACAAAUGCAAAUGCAUUAAAGGUUACCAGGGUGACCUGUGUUCUAAGCCUGUUUGUGAGCCUUACUGUGGGCCACAUGGAUCCUGUAUUGAGCCCAACAAGUGUGAAUGCAGGGAAGGCUGGCACGGAAGACACUGUAACAAGAGAUAUGGAGCCAGUCUAAUGAACACCCUGAGGUCAGCGGGCUUCAAGCACAGACAGCAUACGCCUUUACCUAAAGAGAAUGUUGAGAGUCACAUACCACCCGAAUCUAAUUACAUUUGGUAAAGGAAAACAUCUGAAACCUUUUACUGUAUAUACAGUUUACAACUCCACUAACCCAACUGAGUACUAAGUUCAAAAACAAAGUCUGUAAUGGAAAAACCACUCGUCUGUUUUGCCAUGUUAUCUUCAGAACUACACUAAUGUUGGAGUAGCUCUCUAAUUACUUGAGAAUAUUCCUUUUAUCUUUGCAUUUUAACAGAAUUACCAAAUAAUUUUAGCCCAAUUAUUUUAAUAUGUAUGCAUUGUGAAUUUAAAUUAAUAAACUUUUACACAAUAGUUAUAUUUCAUGCAACAAUAAUUAUCAAAGAAUUAUUAUUUAUACACAGCAUCUACUACUUGUUGAAGGAAUGGUGGUUGGCAUACCACCCAACAAGGGAAGUCAGUUUAUAUAUUUAAAUAUGUAUAUACACAUGUACACAAAAUACAUAUUGAAUGAUUUAAAUUUUCAGAAUAUCUUUGAUUUGCAUCGGCAUUAAAAUUGCCUAGAGUUCAAGUAAGUGUCCACUUCACCCCAACUGUAGGACAAUAUUAGUCAGUUCUUUGCUGUAAAUCUUCCAAUAAAAGGACCUAUUUUAUACUUUCUUCUGCAGUUUAAUAGUGUUCAAUGCAAAUAACAAUCUUCUGCCUAUUGCUUUUCACUUUCUGUUAUAAUUCAUGCAAAUAUAUUUCUGUGGAAUUCCUUGUAGUGGAAGUAGACUGAUAUGUGUAACUGAAGCCUCUUAAAUAAAGCCAUUACAUGAAAAUAUAAUGCAAAUUUUGGUCUGAAUAACAACAAAAUACAACCACAAAAUGAUUUUAUUGAUAUGGAAUUAUUGAGUUGGAAUGUGUGCAUUGGUACAAGUAGAAUCUUCACCAGAGUAAUGUUAAG